GGCGGCCACUGCAGCUUGCUUCCCCCUACUGCGACAGCCGAUGAGCUUCCGCCGAUUAGAGACGGUGCUGUCCUCGAAUUUCUCUCAGUUGCCGCACAAUCUCCAGACUCUCAUUCACGCUCGCCUGCUCCAUCAAUCGAGCCCUCGCUAUCGAACCCCAUUCAGCUUCCCAACCCACCCCAACCCUACCCCGCACGAGAUCUUUCACCUCCCGCGGGGUGCAUCAGAUGCAGACAUCAAGCGCCGCUACAUCGCCCUGGUGAAACAGCACCACCCCGACUCGCCCGCAUGCCGGGCCCUGCCCUCAGACGAGCGACACCGGCGCUUCCAGCUGGUUUCGGCUGCAUACGACACGCUGCGCGGGAAGACCGUGUCGAUGUCCGGCGGGCCGCGGCGGCAGCCGCAGGACCAGGAUACGUGGGACGAGAUCGACCGGCGGAAGAACGCAUAUGCGCGCUACCAGGCGGGAUACGCGCGAGCGCGGCGUGCGGAGUUCUCCUCUGGCUAUAGCCCCGGGUAUGAGGACCCGUUCUCGUGGAAGCGCCAUCGGCCGGUGCAGGACGACGGGUGGGUGGAUCGGCUGAUUUUGGCGUUUGGAUUCACCGCAUUGAUUGUGGGUAUCCUGCCCAUGUACUUGUAUCCUCGUCCGGUUUAUCCGCGGUUACCCGACUCCGCAUUUCAUCUUGCCCAAGCGCGGCGCGAGGCAAUGCUGACUCGCGACGACCGCAUGCGCGUGCAGGAGCACCAGGAACCAGACUCUGACUACGAGAACGACUAAUUUUGUAUCGUGAGACAGGAAGCAUGGUGAAAUAUGAAACAGCAUUCAUCGAGAGGUGUAGAUGUCCCUUACCGCUUAUCAUGCCAUGCCGCCCUGCGUCAGGAACCCAGUAGUGGACUUCUGACCGGUCCUUCCCCGAGCAAAUCCGUCUGUUUGUGCUGCAUACUUCAGUCGCUCUCAUCACCUGAGACGAGCCGCUUGGGACUCAGCCAACCUUCCGCUCCUGGAAGAGUUUGUUGCCAACGAUCAUUUUGGGCACGCGACCAGAAAGGAGCUCUUGUUUUCAAUCGCUGUUCUCGUGUGAUGCAUGAUUGUGGUCCAAAG